AUGCAUCAAGACCAGCAGAAUCGCCUUUAUCAGGCACGCAUUAUCGCUAGCGUCGCUGCAACUGUCAUGUCCCUGGCUUGCGGCACCAACUAUGUCUACUCAGCUUGGGCUCCGCAGUUUGCGGAACGAUUGAAAUUGUCGUCUACAGAGAGCAACUUGAUCGGUCUAUGUGGUAAUCUGGGAAUGUAUACCCUUGGCAUGCCCAUAGGUGCCUUUAUUGACCAUCGAGGCCCGCGACCUGCUGUCCUUGCCGGUGCCAUCCUCAUGCUCCUUGGCUACUUUCCUCUUCACCAAGCCUAUCAUCGUGGCUCCGGAUCCGUGAUUAUGAUGUGUGUCUUCUCCUACAUGACUGGCCUGGGCAGUUGUAUGGCAUUCGCUGCAUCUGUCAAGACGUCUGCUCUCAACUGGCCCAAGACCCGUGGAACCGCCACAGCUUUCCCUUUGGCUGCCUUUGGCUUGAGUGCAUUCUUCUUCUCUUUCGUCGGUGCUGUCUUUUUCCCUGGCAAUCCCAGUGCUUUCCUUGAACUUCUCGCCUGGGGCACCUCUGGCCUUACCUUUGGCAGCUUCUUCUUUCUGAAAGUCUAUCACGACCAGCCCGAGUAUGAGGCCGUACCCGCAUCCGACGACACGCAGAGCAUUCCAUCAUCAGCAUCUCAGCAAUUUCGACCUGGAUCUUCAGAGGAGCCGAAACCCUUCCGCUCCUCUCGAGUGGAUAAUGAACCCGCAUCCUCAUCUACCGCCGCCCCGGAUUCGACGGGCUCUCUUGGAACUCCACUUGCGCCUGAAUUCGGCCUUGUGGUCGCCCCCGAGAAUCCUGAAGACCUCGAGGUUGGCGAGAGGUCACCCCUGACUUCUCGUCCCUCAUCACGAACCGAUCAACCCCUGCUUGGAAAUAAUUAUAUUAAUAACGAUGGAUCUCACCAUCUAGACAUUCGAGGUCUCGCCCUCUUGCGCAGCGCCAGCUUUUGGCACCUCUUUAUCAUCAUGGGUAUCUUGGCUGGCGUUGGUCUCAUGACCAUCAACAAUAUUGGAAACGAUGCCAAGGCUCUUUGGAAGCACUACGACAAGAAUGUGACCGACGAUUCUCUCGUCCAUAGACAACAAAUGCAUGUAUCAGCGUUGUCUAUUUGUAGCUUCCUCGGCAGACUGUCAAGUGGUGUCGGCUCCGACUUCUUGGUCAACAGACUUCACGCCAGCAGGCUCUGGUGUCUUGUUGCUGCCUGCAUAAUCUUCAUCUUUGCCCAGGUGUGUGCCUUGAACGUCGAAAACCCACACUGGCUUGGCCUAGUCUCGGGCCCGUCCGGCUUGGCCUAUGGCUUCCUCUUUGGUGUCUCUCCCUCUCUUGUCGCCGAGACUUUUGGCGUUGGGGGACUUAGCCAGAAUUGGGGCUUUAUUACCAUGGCUCCUGUGUUUUCGUCCAACAUCUUCAACCUAUUUUAUGGUAAAAUUUACGACGCACAUAGUGUAGUUGGUAAAGACGGCGAGUUAUCUUGCUUAGACGGUCUUGAAUGCUACCGCUCCGCCUAUUGGGUCACACUAUUAUCAUGCUGCGCUGGAACAGGCAUCACUCUCUGGGCGAUUCGCCAUCGGCAUGCAAAGCACCAAAGGGCGAUGAACAAGGGACACGAGGAGGACUAA